CAUUGGCUAAGUCCACCACCCAUCUUUCCAGUCUUGACGUACGAGUACGACUACGACACGACCAAGAUGAAGCAGACCGUCGUCCUGUACCCGGGCGCCGGCGUCGGCCACUUCGGCUCCAUGACGGAGCUCGCCCACGUCUUCCUAAACCACGGCUACGACGUCACCAUGGUGCUCAUCGAGCUGCCCGUCAAGUCCUCCGACUCUGGCGCCGCCGCCGUCGAGCGCAUUGCCGCCGCCAACCCAUCCAUCUCCUUCCAUGUCCUCCCGCUCCUCCCUGUCCCGGACAUCGCCGCCUCCGGCAAGCACCCUUUCAUCCACCUGCUCCAGCUGCUGCGCGACUACAACGAGCUGCUCGAAGCCUUCCUCCGCUCCAUCCCCCGGGAACGCUUGCACUCCCUCGUCCUCGACAUGUUCUGCGUCGCCGCCAUCGACGUCUGCGCGAAGCUCGGCGUCCCGGUCUACACCUUCUUCGCCUCGGGCGCCUCGUUCCUCUCCGUCAUGACCCAGUUCCCGGCGCUGGUCGCUGGCAGGCAGAUGGGCCUCAAGGACCUCGGCGACACGCCCCUCGAUUUCCUCGGCGUCCCGCCUAUGCCGGCGUCUCAUCUGGUCAGGGAGCUGCUCGAGCACCCGGAGGAGGAGAUGUGUAAGGCCAUCACUAGCAUGUGGAAGCGCAACACGGAGACCAUGGGCGUUCUGGUGAACACGUACGAGUCAUUGGAGUGCCGGGCGGUUCAGUCGCUCAGGGACCCGCGCUGCGUCCCAGGCCGGACCCUGCCCCCGAUCUACUGCAUCGGGCCGUUGGUCGGCAACGGCGCGAAGAGCGACAACGGCAGAGCAGCGGAGAGGAACGAGUGCCUCGCGUGGCUAGACGCGCAGCCGGAUCGCAGCGUUGUCUUCCUCUGCUUCGGGAGCAAGGGCACGCUCUCCACGGACCAGCUCAAGGAGAUCGCCGUCGGCCUGGAGAGGUCCGGGCAGCGGUUCCUGUGGGUCGUGCGCACGCCGGCCGGGAGCGACGACCCGAGGAAAAUCCUGGAGGUUCGCCCCGAGGCGAACCUCGACGCGCUCCUACCGGCGGGUUUCCAGGAGCAGACCAAGGACAGGGGGCUCGUGGUCAGGUCGUGGGCCCCGCAGGUGGACGUGCUCUGCCACCCGGCGACCGGCGCGUUCGUGACGCACUGCGGGUGGAACUCGGUGCUGGAGGCCAUCGCGGCGGGAGUGCCGAUGCUCUGCUGGCCGCUGGAGGCGGAGCAGAAGAUGAACAAGGUGUGCAUGACGGCGGAGGACAUGGGAGUGGCGGUGGAGCUGGCCGGGUACGCGGAGGGCUUCGUCACGGCGGACGAGCUGGAGGCUAAGGUGAGGCUGGUGAUCGAGGCUGAGGACGGCGCGCAGCUGAGGGCGCGACUGGCGGCUCGCAGGGAGGAGGCGAAGGCGGCGCUGCGGGAAGGAGGCUCCUCGCGGGCGGCGUUCGUCCAGUUUCUCUUGGACGCGCAGAAUAUCCAGGUGUAGCGCGGCGAGUGACAAUUUGCCAACCACUCUUAUAGUACUUGUUAUUUUUGUUGACAGCUUGACAUUAGCAGCAUUUACAACCCAAUAAUGCUAAACAUACAAAGAGUUACACGCAAUUACACGCUGAUUAGAAUUCUU